GAUUAUUCGCAUGUAUUGUGACUGAACAAAAAAAAAUUUGCCAUCAGUACUCCGUAGUUUUGUGUCGUCUUGUGUUCGUCUCUCAUUUUUAUAUUUCUAUAUUUUUAAGUAAAAAAAAAAUGGACAAAUUUGGCUACAAAAUUGUUGAAAUCAUUGGCACUGGAACGUUUGGCACGGUAUAUAAAUGCAUGGAUGACAACAACAAUGUACGCUGCAUCAAGAAAAUUCAAUUGGUAGACGCAUCGGAUGUUGUGACAAACGCACAUUUCGAAAUGAUUCAACAGGAAAUCUAUUUGUUGCAAAAUUUGGCCCAUCCGCGAAUCAUUGGACUGUAUGAAUAUUUCUGUUCAAACACUGAUAACAAGUGCAUUUACAUUGUCAUGGAAUAUGCAUCAAACGGUUCAUUGUCAAAAAUGAUAAACGAUCAGCAAACUUUUUUGGACGAAAAUAAAAUCAAACAGGUUUUAAUUGACAUAGUGCUAGGUGUUGAAUAUUUGCACAUGAAAAACGUAGUUCAUAAGGAUCUGAAACCCUGUAAUAUUUUGUUAUGCAACAACGGACGUUUGAAAAUCGCUGAUUUCGGUGUUUCAAAAAUAAAAAAUAUUGAUAAUUGCUAUUUGGAUGACGUGUUUCAACGUAAUGAAACAAAGGAAAUGGGUGGUUCACCAAUUUACAUGGCACCCGAAACAUUGAUACACAAACAUUUCAGUUUUUCCAGUGAUAUUUGGGCCCUCGGUUGUAUUUUGUAUGAACUUUGUGCACUGCAGCCGGCCUUUGGUGCAGUGCAAUCGAUGGACGAAUUAAUAAGAUGUACGUUGACCAAAGAAUACCCACCUCUAAAUCCAGACAAUGUUAGCAAGCAAAUGGUCGCUUUGUGCGCACACAUGAUGGAAGCAGACGUAAAAAGACGUGCCACAAUUAAAGAUGUCAUACGCAAUCCAGUGGUCAUUGUUGACUAUUACCACAGCUAUUUUCGAUUUGACCCAUAGUUUGGACGAGAUUUUACAUUUACAUUACAAAAAAAAUUAGUGUUAGUUCAUUGAUAUUUAUUACAUAUUAUUAUUGCAUGAAUCUUUGGAAGUCAACGACAAAAUAAUUGAAAAAUAAAAAAAAAUUGUACAGUCGAGCGAGAAAAGAAAAACUAAUCUCACGACUCUAUUGAUUGGACCAUUGUUAGAAAAUUGAUUGGACCAUUGAUUGGAGAUAUAAAUAUAUUCGUUAAAAUCAUGAAAAUUGUUCAAAUUGUUAAAAA